AUGAGCCAAGUUAUCGUCGACCACCACACGCGCGCAGAGAUCAUCCAGAUCCAACAAAAGGGACCAACCCUCUUUGACACACUCUACAAUUCCUUGAUUCUCAGACACACCCUUCCCUACCUUCCCGUGUCGGGCCUUCUCAACCUCGCUGCAACCUGUCGUGAUAUCCGUUAUCUGCUUCACGAGACGCCUGGUGUCUUUCGCCAUUUGGACCUUACAAGAGUCAAGACAGCGCAUUGCCAGGACGCGCAAAAGGAAGAGCGGAAUCUUGCGGUUUGGCAUAAUGUUGAACUCGAAGAUUACUUGACUGAAGAUGACUUCUACGCUGGUCCCUUGAGGGGCAUUUUCUCUACUCUACGACAACGAGACAUUCUCAUCCAUGUCCAAUCCCUAAUCCUCGACGGUCUAUCCGUCACGGCCGAGCUGUGUCACGAUAUUAUUAACGACCCCAAUUACAGCGUGCGCAUGCUCUCGCUCCGCGGCGCGCAGAACCUGAACCAUGGAAAGCUGCGCGCCGCACUGUCAUACGCCUGUCGCAGCUCGCGCCCGGACAAUACACCGCGCCUGAAAGCUCUGUACGUCUUUGGUGAGCACAAAGAUGAAGAGCAAGACGCCUGGUGGUCCAGAAAGGGCCGUGUGCUAGAGUCUUCCAGUGACAUGGACGACUGGGCGCAGUGCAUGCUGGCGUGCCAGGGCAUUAUUUCUUUCGACGCGGUGCUCUGCCAAGGCCCGCGACACGCAAACUCACCAGCUUUUGGCAAAACAUUUGUGCGAUCACCCUGCAGUCCUGCUGUAGCUACAUUUGCGAUCGGCGGGUGCGCAUCGUGUGGUGAAGCUCCAGAGGGUGUAAUGACAGCUCAGACGCGCUACUCUUCGCUUCCGCUGCUGGCUCCCCCGCCGAUCCUGGCGUCAUCCGUGCAGGCGGCCACGACGCCACGGCCAGGCCAUGAGGAGGGUUUUGUGCCGCGCUGUGCGGGAUGUCUGAGCGAUAGGUUUUGUGUUACAUGCAACAAAUGGUGGUGCGAAGCGUGUUAUCAGCCUUUUGGAGGGAAUUGCGCUCCUGUGGCUAAGAGACAUGUUUCGCGGAGUUGUUGGGAGUGUGGGAUGAAUUGUGAUGAGUGCAUUGACAAGACGCAAAAGGGGGUUCUUGCAAGGCGUCACAGUGUUUAUUUUCUUAUGAUGUUCUAUGAUGGGUUUGGGAGUCAAGGUGUUCAGUUCAACUCAUAA